UUUAUAUGAAAACAAGAGAAAAAGUAGGAGGGUGGCAGCGAUAACAACGACGUCACAUGAUACAUAAAGCCAAGCUGCCCUAUUCCAAUAUGGUGGUCAGCUUGGCGGAGCUUCGUCUCCCGUUGAUCAUAUCGUUCCUGUGCGGUUUCGGAACCUGCAGCCAGCAAGAACCGCAGGUUUCCGGGCUGCGCUUAGAGGACGCCGGCGAGCGAGUGUACAUGCGCCAACGGGUCAUCGAAGCUCCGCACGGCUCCAGUUUCAAGCUUAGAUUGUUCGGGUCCUACCUGUCUAAUGAGACCUGGCCGUGGGUCGCGUUCGCCCCCGAAGGAGGUACGGUUGAACCGUGCGCGCAGGAGGACCUCCGCAGGUCCGCUGCGUUUAACGUGAGCGGAGCGUUCGUGUUAGACACGGACAACAGCGGGCUUGUAGAGGUCCACACAGUGCCCGCAGCAUCCCAAACGGAACAUCGAUUGUGUGUCUUAAAGGGCCAGACGUGGGUGUCAUUUGGGUUGGACAAGUUUCGCGUAAAGGACCCCGAUGUGCCACCCGAUUUCAUUCCACUUUGGGGUCUGGUUUUAGUCGUCGGCUUGCUGGUUUUGAUCUGCAGCUUGGUGAGAUGUUUGAACCUGAGUUUGCUGUGGUUGGACCCGUUGGAGCUGUAUGUUCUGCACAGCUGUGGUUCCGAGGAUGAGAAGCAUGCUGCUAAGCGCCUCAAGCCCAUUAGGAGGAGAGGAAAUGUUUUGGUGUGCUCCCUCUUGUUCCUCUGUGCAUUGGGUCAUUCGGUUCUAGGGGUCAUGUUGUACCGCCUGUUUGGCUCCAUCCUACCUGCUGUGUUCACUAGCGGGUUCCUCAUUUUCCUUCUGGCCGAGUUGGUACCCCAUAUAUUAUGUUCUCGCUAUGGGUUCCAGAUGGCCCAGGGUUUGAUAUGGUUUGCCCAGAUCUGUCUUAUACUGACGUGUCCCAUCUCCUGCCCUCUCGGGCUCCUGCUGGAUCUGAUCUUGCGGCGUGAUGUGAGCACCUGUGGCAUCCGUGAAAAAACCAUGGAGAUGAUCAGGACUAGUGUCAAUGAUCCAUACAAUGAGUUUGUCAAGGUGGAGUUCAGCAAGGGUGCUCUCAGGACCAAAACUGUGGAGGAUAUCUUGACCCCCUUGAAAGAUUGCUUCAUGCUUCCCUCCACGGCAGUGCUGGACUUCAACACAAUGUCGGAGAUCAUGCAGAGCGGAUAUACCAGGGUCCCCGUGUAUGAAGAGGAGAGGUCCAAUAUUGUGGAGAUCCUGUAUGUCAAGGAUCUGGCGCUGGUGGAUCCAGAAGAUCGCACUCCAAUGAUGACCAUCACAAAGUUCUACAACCAUCCUCUUCAUUAUGUUUUUAAUGACACCAAGCUGGAUGCAAUGCUGGAGGAAUUCAAAAAAGGAAACUCCCACCUUGCUAUCGUUCAGAAGGUAAACAGUGAAGGAGAAGGAGAUCCGUUCUAUGAGGUUCUGGGUCUGGUGACGCUGGAGGACGUUAUCGAGGAAAUCAUCAAAUCGGAGAUCUUGGAUGAGUCUGAUGGUUACAUGGACAUGAAGGUGAAACGUCCAAUGGCCCAUCUGGAGAUUCAGCUGGAGUCUCGCAGUGUCAACGAGGAGUUCUCCAUCUUUAAGGUACCUGAGGGCGAGCCGAAGAUACGCACGUCUCCUCAGCUGUUGCUGGCCACUCAUCGUUUCCUAUCCAGAGAGGUGGAACAUUUCUGCCCGCUGCGUGUUUCCGAGAGAGUCUUAUUUCAUCUGCUACGGCACCCGAGCGUCAACCAAGAGGUGAAGUUUGACUCCGGUAACCGCUUCAGUCCGGAUCACUACUUGUACACACGGAAUCACCCUGUGGAUUACUUCAUACUACUGCUGCAGGGCCGCGUUGAAGUGGAGAUCGGGAAAGAGGGAUUGAAGUUUGAGAACGGUGCUUUUACUUACUACGGUGUUUCAGCGCUCACGGCUCCUUCCUCAGUCCAUCAAUCUCCGGUCUCGACUCAGCGUCAAUCUCCCAGAGAUCCAUUUGAGUUGGGAGAUGCCACCAGCCCGUCCAGCUACUGUCCAGACUAUACAGUACGAGCCCUGACGGACCUACAGUUUAUAAAGGUGACCCGAUUACAGUACCUCAAUGCCCUGAUGGCCUCACGGGUGGCACAAAGUCCCGAUCCCCCUGAAAUUAAGAUUAUGCCCAACAGUCAAACAAAACUCUUAAACGAGAGAAACGCGACUCAAGAUUUUCAGCUUCACUUUUCGUUCUUUGACCCAAUUGACAACUACUGUUAGUGUACAUUGCAUGAGACAGGAUUUAAAUGACCAGGCUCUACAGGUGCAAGCAAGCACAGUCAUGAAGCUAAACCAGAAGAGGAUGUUUAACGGUCAGAGAGGAGCUUUCUGACCUUCUACCUAACCCUAGUCCAGGACUUUUAAGGAUUUUAUAAUGACAAACUAAUUUGUUCUUGUCGUCUUAAAUGAAUCUUUCAUUCGUGGAGCACGACGUUUGAGAAAAAAAGAAAAGACUUGGCGUAGAAAUGGCGUAUAAGACUUGUAAUGCUGGUUCUGCUGGGAUCGGUUUUUGCUGUACUUACUUCAUCAUUCUCUUGAUGUCACUUCCUGUGAGCGGUUUAAUUUUCCUUAUGUAUGCGUGUGCAUAUGUGCUUCUAAAAACUUUUGAAAGGCGGCGUGCCAAGGUUCUACUAUUACUGCAAUAUUACGACAGCAGUAUUAUUGCUACAGUGUCUCCGUAUGGUCUAGCCUGAAUGUGCCAAAAUGUGUUCAGAGCAAGAGAUAGAGAACAAGAACAGACAGAAAAUACUUUAUACUGGAACAUAUCAACCUGAAAUUAAGCAUAGUCAUUGUUUUUCACACUCACUACAUUUUUUGUUAAACACAAAAGCAGAAUUAUCUUUUUAAAGCGAUGGUUCACCAAACAAUUUACAUUUUGUCAUCAUUUACUCACUAUCAAGUUGUUGCAACACUGUACACAAAUGACGAUGUUUAAAAAAUAGUGUUAAUAACCAAACAGAUCUGGGGCACCAUUGACUUCCAUAGGAUUAGUUUGUCCUACUAUAGGUGUUACAGACCUGCAUACAUUUCUUUGUUCUGCUGAACACAAAUUAAGAUAUUUAAAACUAAUAAUAAUAACCAAACGGAUCUGGGGCACCAUUGACUUCUACAGUAGGACAAAAUAGUCUUAUGAUUGUUACAAACCUGUAUACAUUUCUUUGUUCUGUUGAACACAAAUUAAGAUAUAAAAAAAUUAAUAACAACUAUAGUAGAACAAAAUAAUCCUAUGGAAGUCAAUGGGGCCACAGAUCUGUUAAGUUAACUUUUUUUAUAUCUUAAUUUGUAUUCAACAGAACAAAGAAAAGUAUACAGGUUUGUAACAACCAUAAGACUAUUUUGUCCUACUGUAGAAGUCAAUGGUGCCCCAGAUCCGUUUGGUUAUUAUUAUUAUUUUUUUAAUAUCUUAAUUUGUGUUCUUUGUUCUUCUGAACACAAGAUAUUUAAAAAAAAAUUAACCAAACGGAUCUGGGGCACCAUUGACUUCCAUUGGAUUAUUUUUUUAACUACUAUAGGUGUUACAUACCUGUAUACAUUUUCUUUGUUCUGCUGAACACAAAUUAAGAUAUUUAAAAAAUAAUAAUAAUAACCAAACGGAUCUGGGGCACCAUUAACUUCUACAGUAGGACAAAAUAGUCUUAUGGCUGUUACAAACCUGUAUACUUUUCUUUGUUCUGUUGAACACAGAUUAAGAUAUUUAAAAAUAUAAAUAAUAACCAAAUGGAUCUGGGGCACCAUUAACUUCUACAGUAGGACAAAAUAAUCCUAUGGUUGUUACAAACCUGUAAACUUUUCUUUGUUGUGUUGAACACAAAUUAAGAUGUUUAAAAAUAUGUUAACCAAACAGAUCUGGGGCACCAUUGACUUCCAUAGGAUUAUCUUGUCCUACUAUAGUUGUUACAAACCUUGCAUACAUUACUUUGUUCUGCUGAACACAAAUUAAGAUUUUUAAAAACACUUAAUAACAGAUCUGGGGCACUAUUGACUUCCAUAUGAUUAUUUUAUACUACUAUAGAAGUCAAUGGUGCCCCAGAUCUGUUUGGUUACAAACAUUCUUUAAAAUAUCUUAAUUUGUGUUUAGCAGAACAUAGAAACGUAUACAGGUUUGUAACAACUUGAGGGUGAAUAAAUGAAUUUACAUUUUUGGUGAACUAUCCCUUUAAGCCCCAACUUAAAUGUGCCAAUGUGAAUUUAAACACACAAAACUGGAUUUCGAUGUGGAAAGCUGGAUUUUUUCACAUAACAAACCUGGUUGCACGUGCGUGAGUGUUAGAUGCUGGGAAAAACUAGUCAUUCUCUGGCGUGGUGUUUCUUGCACUUUCAGAAAGGUCUUAUUUUUAUAAAAUUCAUGCCUUAAUGUGUCCUCCUCACACAUUUCACAUCGUUUCUUUUUCCCCUGGUUGGAUGCUCGCUUAUCAUUUGGCAAGUUCAGAAUGUUAGAGCUCCAAAAGUGUCAUUUUGAAAGUGACAUUAAAAGGUCAUCAUGAGGAUUUCUGUGUAAUUUUAACCGCCCAGUAUUGUGAGACAGAAGAGGGUAUCCACGCUUGCACACAUGAUGCUUCACACAUGAUGUGCACUACCAUUAAAUAUUGAAAUUCUUUACGUCAUGCUAUACGUCCAGAUCGACCCGUCUCUAUGCUUCAGUAUCCACUGCAUGGCUGCAUUCGAGAUUAGCAGCAUCGCAAACAUUUUAGGUGCUUGGAUAUCUUGCAUGACUGUGGUGAUGCAGUCUAAAUCUGUAGUCUAUACUGUAUAAGCAACAAAGAUAGCAAAUAUUUCUCAUGUCAUCUUUAUUACAUUAUUCCAUUACUGUAUCCUGAGUAAUAGCGAAAUUCCCGUGAUUUGAGGUCGUAUUAUAUUUUUAGACAUAACAUAGUAGAUGAGUAAAUGAACUACAAGAUACUACACAGCACACUGUUACAACUUCUCUAUCCGUUCAUUUACUCAUGCUAGAUAAGGUGCCAGGAUGAUUAAGUAUAAACAUUCUUAUUUGAGUUUAUAUCUCACAUUCCAACCUACUUUUGGUUUCAAAUUGGUGCAAAUAUGCGAGAUUUAUAAAAAAUAUUUGUAACUUUUAUUCUGUUUUCUUGUUUCUUAACUUAGAGAGCUAUUUUAACUUUCUUUUAUGAAGUUACAAGUUUGCUAAUUUUUUUCUUUUGGGUAUAAUCAUAACCCAUCAGCUAAUGUUGACAUUAAUUUUGAAUGACUUUAUAGAACAGUGUGUGUGAUCCCGAGUAAAUAUUUUUCAGCUGUUUAAAACUUGUUUGUUUUGUUUUGUCGAUUUAUGUUCACAAAGUAAUGAAUGUAUAUUAUUAAAUCCGCUUGUUCUGCUCUAUUUAUCGAGAAAUGUUGGGAUUUGUUUGCCUAAAUUAAUAUGAAACUAAAUCUUAUGUACGAGCUGGAAGCAGUCGUGUGUAAAUAUCAGUUUUUCAGACACAAACGUAUGCUAGCAGGUUUUUCAAGACUUAUUUCUGACUCGCCGUUUUUGGUAGUUGAGGUUGAAAUCUGCUCUGUAUUGUACACGAGCCAUUUAAUGAUCUUGAUAUGAUAUGUUUGAUAUAGAAAUAAACACAACACAGUGCUAAUUGUUUCUUUUA